AUGGCCGUUGGAAGAGCUGGCGACUUACAAGAAGUCGAUGUGACCAUAGUCGGCGGUACGCUACCUCCUCGGCGCCGAGAUGAUACUUCUGUGAUGUUGGGCGUUUCGGUUUGCGUCAUCGACGGCAAGCCUCGGAGCCUCGAAUUUGGACGCGCAGAUGCCCUCAACGCCCGCACGCAACAGUACUUUGAAGCUGCCAAGCUCCUGGACGACCUGCUACCUCAGGGCCUCAAGUGCAAUACGAGUUCGACCUUUGGUGAUGGCGUUUUCAAGUCGCGACAAAACGACUGGUGGGUUGGCCUCGACCACUGCCUGCAUAAGAACUUCCUCAUGAUCGGUCAACCAGUCGUUGAGAAAAUGAUGAGCGAGAGACUGGGAGACGCGGUGCACUACGGCGAGCAGGUCGUGUCCAUUUCCGAGUGCCACAGUUUUGUCGAGGUCUCGACCAACACCGGCCGUACGGUUCGCAGCAAGUAUGCCGUCGGCGCCGAUGGAGCUCGGUCGUUUGUUCGUAAGGCUACAGGCGCAACCUUUACGGGCACGAAGCCGGAAAUGCUUUGGGCGGUGCUAGACACCUUCAUCGACACCGACUUUCCGAUUUGCCCCGAGAUCAUCACCUUUCAGCUCAACGGCCAGUCGCGCGUGUCGUGGAUUCCCCGCGAGCGUGGCCUGUGCCGGUUCUACGUCCUCCUCGACGGCGAGGUCACGCAGGCUCGGGCGGAGGAGUCGAUCAAGCAGCACAUGGCGCCGCACCAGGUAAAUUUCAAGAAGACGGAGUGGUACAGCACGUUUGAUGUCAAGGAGCGAAUUGCCUCAUCGUUCGUGUCCAAGAAUGGGGCUGGUCGCAUCCUCCUUGGUGGCGACGCAGCUCAUGUCCACUCCGUCAACGGCGGACAGGGGCUGAACACGGGCAUCGCCGACGCGUUCCAUCUCGCCUGGCGCCUGGCAUUGGUGGUUAAGAAGUCGAGCCUCACACCAGCGGCAGCGGACAGGUUGCUGGGCAGCUAUGACCUGGAACGACGGAGGACGGCCCAAGGAGUGAUCGACGUUGCGGCCGCGCUGGUCCGUGACACGGUUCACACCGCCAAACAGUAUGUCGGCACGAUUGAGAAGAAUGCGGGGUACAUUACAGGCAUGGGUGUCGCGUAUGACGAGUUUGACUCUCCCCUGGUGCACAAGUCUGAGCACGGAAUCUGGAAGGCGGGCCGCCGGUGCCCGGAUCUUUUGCUCAGGGCCGAGGGCAGAGACGGCACGACCUGGCUGUACCAAGAGACGACGUAUGGCAAGUUUCUGGUGCUACUUAUUGGCAAGCACGAAAAGGUACACCUCGGCCACGGGGAUGUCGCCGUGCCGUAUCGGAUCCGACCCGAGAAUGCAGCAGUUUCGGAAUCGGUCGUGCAAGACUUGGAAUUCAAGACGUUCACGGCCGAGUGGGCCCGAGAGGGUGAUUCCUUUGCCGUCGUUGUGCGUCCAGACAUGUACAUUGGACAUGUGGGCGAGGAUGUGGAGAGUUGCCGGGCUUACCUGGACGACCUCUUCGAGAACUAG